AUGGUAAUAAUCGUCUCACGAGGGCUGUUUUUCCCGUGUUAUCACUCGCUUCUUGAGUUUCGUAGUUUUAGUUCUUCUUUUGGGAAAAUUGUCAAUUAUUAUAACAUUAUUUUUAGGUAAUGGUGAAGAUCACUCACGUCAUUUUUGACUUCGAUGGCGUGCUAAUUGACAGUGAGACUCAGUAUUCGACCGCUAAUCAGAAUGUCUUGAAUACGUGGGGCAAGGAAUUCACUUUGGACAAAAAAUUGGCCAUGAUGGGGACAAAGAAAAGUGAGGCUAUGAGGACCCUGAUCAGAAUGUCUGAUCUCGAAGGAAAGGUCACACCCGAAGAAUACGAGAAGAUCUAUGAUGUCCAAUUGGAUAAACUUUUGGCUGAGCCGCCAGAAUUGCCAGGAGCUGAUCAUUUGAUUAACCAUCUUUUCAAGAAUAAAAUUCCCAUGGCCAUCUGCACGGGCUCAGAUGAAUGGGAAUUCGAUCUCAAGACCAAGAAGCUCUACAAGAAAUGGUUGGAAAAGAUCCCUCUGAGAGUAUUAUCCGGGUCCGAUCCCGAAGUGAAGCAUGGGAAGCCGGCGCCGGAUCCAUAUUUGGUUACCCUUCAAAGAAUGGCACCUGAGGUGGACCCAGCCAAUGUUUUGGUUUUCGAGGAUUCCAUCAAUGGUGUCAAAUCUGCAUUGGCGGCUGGAAUGAACUGUGUGAUGAUCCCUCAAUGGCAGUUCGUGAAUGAGACGGGCAAAAAGGAAAUCGAGUCGUUGAAACCAAGAUUAGCUGAGCUUCUCGAUUCCUUGGAACAAUUCAAACCGGAACGUUAUGGACUACCUCCCUUCUAA